UUAUUAUCAUUACAAAGAAAGUCUCAGCAUUCUGUCUAUGGCCAAUAACAGAAGCCCCUCCUUCUUCCUCACUCUUCUCUUCCAUCUACUAACCAUUUCAGCUUCAUUUGUGCAAAUAAGUUCCCUUGGUUUUGGAAUCAACUAUGGCCAGAUAGCCAACAAUCUUCCAUCUCCAUCAAGAGUAGUGCUUCUUAUCAAAUCAAUGAACGUGACUAGGAUCAAGCUCUAUGAUGCUGAUCCGAAUGUGCUACUCGCAUUCUCCAAUUCCAAUGUCCAAUUUGUUGUUGGCCUUGGAAACGAGUACCUUGCCAAUAUGACAAACCCUUCAAAGGCUCAAUCAUGGAUUCAGCAGCACCUUCAACCUUACCUUUCACAAACCAAGAUCACCUGCAUCACUGUUGGAAAUGAAGUCUUCAACACCAAUGAUACCCAAUUAAUCAUGAAUCUCCUGCCAGCAAUGCAGAGUGUUCAUGGCGCCCUUGUUAAUCUUGGAUUAGACCAACAAGUUACUGUCACAACAGCACAUUCUUUCAACAUAUUAAGCAAUUCAUACCCUCCUUCGUCUGGUUCGUUUAGGCAAGAUCUGCUUCAAUAUAUCCAACCUCUUCUUGCUUUUCACUCGCAAUUCAAUUCACCUUUUCUCAUCAAUGCAUACCCUUUUUUUGCAUACAAGGACAACCCAAGUGAGGUUUCUUUGAGCUAUGUACUAUUCGAGCCCAAUCCGGGUUCCAUCGAUCCCAACACCAAUCUCAACUAUGACAACAUGUUGUAUGCUCAAAUUGAUGCUGUGUAUGCUGCCAUCAAGAUGCUGGGCCAUACAGACAUUGAGGUCCGGAUUUCAAAGACAGGUUGGCCUUCUAAAGGUGAUACUAAUGAAAUUGGAGUCUCACCAGAGAAUGCAGCAACUUAUAAUGGUAAUCUGCUGAAAAGGAUAGAGCAGAAGCAAGGAGCUGGAGGCGAUGAAGAGGAUGAUCUGAGAAGGAAUCAGCAGCAGCAGUUUAAAGCUCAGGCGAUGAAGAGGAUGAUCUUAGCUUUUAGGGUUUUAAUGGGACCAGGGACCAGAUUGGGUACAAAAUUCAGAUUUGCCACAUCAGCUAGCCAUUGCUGGCUCCAGCGUGGCAUUGGAGGUGCCAGAUCAUCCCUCCGUUUGCUGACUUGGCGCCGGAAAGAGUUGCAGGACAACUAUGGGUCCCGGAGCUGAAUGUCAGGGAUGCUGUUAGGAAAUUUUGAAAGUCAAGGACAAGUAUGGAUAACUCGCCCAAUCUCAAGAACCAUUUUGGGGUUUUAGUCAGGCAAAUACUUUUGCCAUUACAUCACAUACCUCAGCCACAGCUUUAACAGUUUUUUUUUUUUGGUCAUUAGCUACAGGUUUAACAGUUUAAGUGAAACCAAAGUUGGUUUCGUUAUUUUUUUUCAUCGGGACAUGAAACCAAAGUUAGUUGGUUCCAACCUCCCUGCUUUACCAUAUCGUGCCUAGAGCUGAGCAUUUUUUUUUGGGCUAUGAUUGGGCUUAUCAUGAGUUUUGUCUCCAGGAGUUUACCUUCUUAUUUUCGGUCUUGGAAGCUUACCUAUAUGCUAUAUGCAUCAAGAAUCAUCCCAAGUUU